UGUUGCAUAUUGAGGCUUGAGGCCUGUGCGUCGUGUUUGUGUUUGUGUUAGCCGGUAACAUAAUUGAUGUCCUGUAACACACGUAUUGAGAGUUGAUCAAGAAAUAACCAAACCUUUGACUUUUAUUACUUGUUAAUAAUAAGAAUUGUCCAGAACACAAUUUGUUUUGCGUGUGUAGUGAAAACAGUGCCUAUCUUAGUGUCUGAUAAUGAACGCGAAAAAUAUGUUUCUAGUUUCCUUCUUAAUCACUGCAGUAGCAUUUUAUUUACACGAGUACCAUUUAUCUACAUUAGUCAGUGUUUUCAAGUUUUCGCCUUAUUUGAAUAGCGUCAUGAUAAGUGUUCAUAAUGUGUUACUAACUUGGUUUGGGAAUGUUAGGAGUCAAGAAGAUUUAGGCGUCAAAAACAACCUGAAAUCUACGACGUUAUUUACUCCUGAGGAUCUGAAGAAAUUUAAUGGUGAACGUGGUUUAUAUUUAUCAAUUAUGGGCAAAGUUUAUGAUGUAGGAAAAGAGAACAAGCAUUAUAAGGCCGGUGCAGACUAUCACUUUUUCACAGGACGAGAUGCAUCUAGAGCCUUUGUCACUGGAGAGUUCACUGAAAGUGGUUUGAUUGAUGAAGUACUGGAUUUGUCACCAGAAGAAUUAAAAAGCUUAUCAGACUGGGCAAAAUUUUAUCAAACACAAUACAAGUACAAAGGUAAACUCCUUGGGCGGUAUUAUGAUGCUGACGGUAAAGCUACACCAUACUUACGUGAAGUGCAGAAAAAGAUCAAACAAGCAAAAGCCAGAGAAGCUGAUACAAAUAAACUGAAGCUUAUGUUUCCUCCAUGCAAUGUUGAAUGGAGUCAUGAUACAGGAAGUAGAGUUUGGUGCUCAACAAGAAGUGGUGGCAUUGAAAGGGACUGGGUUGGUUCGCCAAGACAGUUUUAUGAACCUGGAUCCUCGGCUUACAGAUGUGCUUGCAUAAAUAUGCAGGCGGCAGAAACAUUGCCAAUGUUAGGCAAUAUUCGAGAAUAUGAGGACUGUGAUCCACAUGCUACUAGUUGUCAUAUAAAGAGUUGAUGUAUGUUACUUGUGACGAAUAACAUUCCAAACAUGUUUUUGUAUAAACUAUCCCUUUAGAUGAACUUUCUUACGGAUUUCAGUGGUCAAAUAUUUUAUUGUGAUAUUUACAACUAUGCCCGUCAGUGGACUUGGAAAGCUGGGUCUUGGUACAAUGCAUCUAUAGAUUGUUUUUGCCCGCGAAGAGCUAUUUAUUUUUCGAGUAUGGUGGUGAAAGUGUUCAAAAUUGGUGUAUUAUCUUUGGGAACAACAACAAUAAGAAAAUUAAUUACUUUUACAUUUUAAA